AUCACACUGGUUGGUCGUCGUCGGCUGUUCCCGUUUCCAUUGACAGAAAGGACGUCACUACUCAGAAGAAGUGGAACUAUCCUAAAACCUAUAUAUAUAUACAUAUAUAUAUUGCUAACCAGGAAUAAUGUGGUACAGUGGUGGAAGUGUUAGUUUCAUUUGUCAGGGUGAUCCGUGACAUAAUUUUCAAUGUCAGAUGACAAUUGUCAUCGAGAAUGACAAAAUAAGAACGAUAAUGCGUUGUUAAAUGUGAAAAGAAAAGAAUAACAUACACGCACACAUUCGUUAUAGGGCAAAAAAAAAAAAAGAAGACGUGAACAUAUUCUGUUUGUUGCGCUUAUCAAAAAAAAAAGAAGGAAAAAAAAACGACAGGAUUAUGAUGAGAUAACAAUUGCAGAAUGAGGUACAGAAGCAGAGACCUUUUCGGUUAUGCAGUCUUUACCCUGAUUCUGCAACUUAAAGGCUGUGUCGAAUGCAGUGCUUCAUGUAAGGAUUCGCAGGGACGUUCUUAUGAAACUGGUUUUCAUUAUGUCCCUGGUCCUGAUCCUUGUACACUCUGUAUUUGCGACAAUGGCAAUCCAAAUAGGUGUAAAGCUAUUAUUUGUACACAGGAGACACUUCCUAAACAAGACUGCAGAUCAUUUAAAUUUGGUAACACAUGUUGCGAAUUCAUCUGUAUGGAUGAUACAUUGUCUUCCGGAUCGAAUGAAAAAACUGAAGGCGAUGGUACUGCAAUUUCAGAGGGCAAUGGAAAUUAUGACACUGGUUUACGUUUAGUUGCCAGUUGCAUUACAGCCGUUCUAUCAUUGAGUCUUCUAUUUUUUUUAAUUCACCGUCUACGACAACGAAAAAUAAGAGUUUGCGUAGCAGGACGACAAAAUCGACAAGUGUCAGAGGAUCAAAGAAGUUUGGGUAGUAUGGGCUAUUUAGAAAGAGGUGGUUUACAGCAUGGUGUUCCAAUGGAGGAUAUGCCAUGUGGUGGUACAUAUCCAUUAUGGAAACCACCGGGAAAUUAUUUCCCCCGCGGUGAAGCACCACCACCAUAUGAGGAAGCCGUUGCAGCAGCGCGUGCUGAACAAGUUUUACUUUCCACAAGUCCUCACGCUUUAUCGCCAUCAAAUUUCCCAAGUACUUAUCUAACAAGUCACAGCAGUAAUUCAAGUAUGGCACUUGUUAGCAAUAGUCAAAAUGGAUUACCCGCAAGUUCGCCGACACUUUCGUGCAACAAUAAUAAUGGUGCCAGUACAUCACCUUUGAUACCUACCUCAAAUAGACCCCUAAGUAGUCCGGGUGCCCAUUCAAAUUGCUAUCAACUAAGUCAAAGUGAAUCAGCAUCAACGGGCCUUUACGCUGGCACAUCAACAACAAGUUUCACCAUGGGUACAAAUACCUAUGAAAAUUUACCAGCCAACAAUAUCACACCGCAGAAUUCAGCUGUUUCGAGUAAUAUGCUACUUUUACCAAAUUCACAUUCAUCAGUUCCAAAGACUUAUCAACAACAACAUAAUCAUCAUCAUCAUCAUCAUCAACAUCAUCAUACGACUCUUCCGCGACAAGGUGGAGCAUUUACGAUAUCGGCAACAUUACCAAAUUCAGGUGCAUCGACACAUCGUACAAUUCCAAGAUCAUUGGCAACAACUGGCAGUCUCAGGCUUAGACGUGAAUUUAUGAUGCAUCAGCCAAUUGCACCACUUUUCGAUGCACCACCAAAGUGCACUUCACCGGAACGUUCGCCACGAUCAGCACCACCAUCACUGCCAAUUACCGAUAAUGCCAUUCGAUCGGACACACUUUAUGAGGAUGUCCUUGCGUCGAAGGCAACUGGCUCUCAAGCUGAGGGGAAACCACCUGAGAUCACACCUUUAAUGUGUAAUUAUAAGCCACCAUUGGCAGCGAGUAAUGACAUUAAUCAAGAUGGAAGUUUCGAUUCGGUGACGUGCACUUGCAGCAUGCAAGUUUUACCACCGUUACACGAUGAAGCCGAUGAUUAUCGUAGCGAGUGUGAAAAUUGCAAGAGUGCUACUGGUUCUCGAUAUUAUUUAGACAACGAGGAUGAAUUGGUGACAUCACCUCAUGAAACAAUGACGCUACAAAGAAGACCUGAAGAAACUGCCUCGAGUGCAACACCUCAAUAUUAUCGGACAUCACUCACACUUCCGACAAGUACUCGUCAACGAUCAAGGAGCGCUGGUACUCGAGGAAAUUGGUUUAGUUCAAUGCCAGAAAGCUCCACAGAAUCUUCAGAUGGUGAAUAAAAAAAAAACAAAAAUGAAUACCAUCAGUGAGAGGAUUAAUUCCAAAAAUGAAGAUUCACAAAACCUACCUGUAUGAUAUAUGUGAGUGCCAAAAAAAAAGAACUAAAAGUUACCAAAAUUAGUACCCGGCAUCGUUCUUAAACAGUCAUUUUUAGAAGCAAGAGGCAAACUUAAGCUUUCCAGUUUUCUAGCAGUAUUGCGAUUCAGGGUACUAUAUUGUAUCGAUUAAAAAAAAAAAUUGAGAUAGAUGUGCAGAAAGCAGGAACUCCACAAACAUCUUACUAAUCGAAUUUAUCUUCUUAAAGUCCUCUAAAUUAAAAAUUUUAUUCUUCCUUACAAUUUAACAAGUAAGCAAACUAAUAAAUUAUUAUAAUAAUUAUUUAUUAUAAUUAUUACAUUCUAAUUAUUAUAAUAUAUAAUUUUUUACACAAUAAUAUAAUUAUAUAUUAUAAUUAUUAUAUUCAAAUAAUAAUAAUUAUUAUUAUAUUAUUAAUCAUAAUAUUAUUUACAAAAAGAAUGAUAAUUGAAAAAAAAUUAAUUAUUUUUUCUAUAGAAAUUUUUAUUUUUUUAUAAUGUGUACAUAUAUAUAAAAGAAAACAAAGUCUCUUUCAUAUUAAAUAAUUUCUUUAAAUCACAAAUAAUUUUUACACGACGAAAGAUGUUUGUGAAAUGCCUAGUCAUUAUAUAAUAUUGGUCUUUUCGAUAUAGAGAGAAAAUACUAAUAUACAAUUUAUUUAAAAAAAAAAAAAAAAAAAAAAAAAAAGCGGAAAAAAAUAAAUUUCAAUCAACGAUUGGAAAGUAGAUAACGUUAAAAAGUUACCGAAUCGAAUAAAAAUGUAUCAAUACCAAAAAAAAAAAAAAUAUAUUAUUGAAAGAAAAAAAGAGAAAGAAAAAAAAAAGAAGAACCGAGCGUCUUUAUUGACGCGUGUACGUGAAAUCAGAUUUUAUCAUUUUCGAAUUAAAAUAAAAGUAGUUGUUAUAGGUAUAUAUAUAUAUAUUAGUAUUUAAUAGUGAGUGUUAGGAUAUCGAGAAAGUACAAUUUUUCAAAACGCGAAAAUCAUUUGCGAUUAUAUGGUGUUCAUCAAGACGUUAUCGUUAUUGAAAACUGAUUUUAUUAGAAAAAUAUUCUUUUUCUUUCGAAAAAGUAAAAGGAAAAAAAAAUUAAGAAGUUUAAAAGUGUAUAAUACUUAUAGAAAUCUUUUCAAAAUUCAGACUUGAAUUCUAUUUCAGUGAAUUUUUUUCACUUUUUUUAUUUUAAUAUACAAAGGUCAAUCUAUUAUAUUUCCACCAAAAUUGAGGCCUUUUCUAAAAAAAAAUUCUAUUUUUAAUAUUUUUGUAGAAAUAAUCGUAAAUAUUCUAAUAAUUCAUAUUUAACAAUGAUUUUCUAAAAUUUUACAUUAGAACAUUUAAUAUUAUUUCUACAAAAAUAUUAAAAUUUUAAAAAAAGGCCUCAACGGCUUUGAUCGAAAUAUAAUAGACUGACCCAGAAAGGCACUGGAAAAAAAAAUUAUUUCUUAUUUAUAAUAUUGCUCGACUAUUAUUUAGAAAAUAUUUUUUCGUUGCUAGUAAAUAUUUUUUAAUUAAGAUAAAUUUUUAAUAAAAUUUUUAUUUUAUUUAAUGUAAUUAAAACGAUCGUUCAUUUAUUUCAAAAAAUAUUUUUAAAUUAUUUAGUUUUUCCCAUUUGAUUACAUUUUAUUUUAUAAAAAAAUUAGUUAAACAAAAAACAUAUUUACUAAAUAAUAGUUGCGAUUAUUAUAAUUUAUAUUUUUAUAAUUAUAAUUUAUAUUUUUUAUUUUUAUAAUUUAUAAUUUUUUUCAUUUAUUGGAAAAAAAUUUUUAUUACUUUUCAUUUUUAACAAUAAAUUUCUGAGUUUUCUUUAAAAAAAAAAAAAGGAGUGAAAUUUUUCAAAUUAAUUUUGUGAAAUUGAGAAACUUUUUGAAAAAUAAAAAAACUUCCUUGGAAAUUUGACUAGAGUGAAAUAAUAAAAUCUUGAUACUUGUUUAUCAUCCUCUAUAAUUAUUAUAAAGCUAUUAAAAAAAGUGUAGCGUCUACAUCAUCUCUUUCCAAUCUAGAAAUCUUCUCUUGUGCACCUUAAAUAAAAAAAAUAAAAAUAAAAAUAAAAAAAUAAGCUAUUAAAUCGAUAUACUCUCACAACUAUCUAUAGUGGACUGUGAAAAUAAAUGGAUAAAUCAUUAUUCCGCAAAUGAGAAUUCAUCAGAUUUGCUUACGAUAAUUUAUUAAAAACAUUUAAGACUAAAAUAAUAUUUUUUAACUUUUAUAUUUUUUUAUUAAAUAUUUAGAAUUUCAUUUUAAUGAAAAAAAAAAAAAUUUUUAAAUUAAUCUAUUCUUAUUUUUUACUAUUCAUUUUACUUAAUUAUAUCUUUUAAUUCUUUUUUUAAAAAUAAAAUUUCAAUUUUGCAUUUAAUAUUUUUUAAUUUUAAUUCACUUAAUUAAAAUAAUCACAAUAUAUUGUAAAUAUUAAUUAAUUAUUUUCUUCUGAAAUUGAAAAAAAGUUCAUUAAUUUUGUAUAAAAAGAAACUUAUUUUUGUUAAUUGUAAUUUUUUUAAUUUUAUUAAAAUCUAAUUAACUUAAAGAAAUUUAAAAAAAAAAUUGUACUUACUUAUUUCUAGUUUAAAAUUAGCAUUUGUCUUUUCAGUGUCAUUCAAUAUUUAUAUAUAUAAAUGUGUUCGCGAGUUGAAUAAAGAGAAAUCGAUAAAACAAAUUUGAUGAAAGUCUCAAACGCAAUCCAGUGAAACGGGAACAAAUAAUGUAAACAAUAUUUAUUACUGUUUGCAAAUAAUUAUCAGUAUUAUUUAUUAUUUCAUUAUUAUUAUUAUUUUUUUUUUUUUUUUUUUUUUGAAUGAAAUCCUUAGCUUGAUAUUAUGAAAACACAAAAAAAAUGAGAAUAAUAAUUUAAAAAUGUUUUUUUAAGGUCCAAUUUAAAAAAAAAAAAAAUUAUCGACUCUGAGUUGUAAUUAAAGUAAGAUGAUGACAUUUUACAUGAAAGAAAGGCUGUUGUAUUAUCUUGUUGAUGCGAUAAAAUAGGGAAAAAAUUUUUUUUUUUAUUGUGGAAAAUAGAUCUGGUUUUUUUUGUAAUUGCCAUAAAAAGAAAAACAUUGGUUUUUGUCGUGUCAACUUGAUAUAUUGCUCAGUGGUUUAUAUUUUGUGAGACAGGCAUCGAUAAUAAUUAAAUGGAGAAAACAAAAGAAAGAAUAUAAUGAGAUGCAUGAUUAUUUUAUUUUUUUCCUAUUAUAGUAUGUGAAUUUAUUUUUGCAAUUUAUCUAUAUAAGGUACAUAUUUUUUUAAAAAAUUAUUUUAUUCUUUUAUUUUUAAUAUUUUUAUUAUUUCAUUUUUAAUAUUUAAAAAAUACUUUUUUACUUUUAUUAUUUUAUUUUUAAUAUUUUAAAAAUAUUUUCUUACUUUUGAUAUUUUAUUAAUAUUUUAAAACCUUUUGUAUUAAUAUUUUCAAAAUUAAAAAUAAAUUUACUUUUUAAGUUUUCUUUUAGAAGUUUGCAGCUUCAAAAAAAAAAAAAGAAAAAAAAACAAUAAAAUAAUCCAACAAAUUAUUUUCACACUGCUAAUUAUAUAUUAAUUUGGAGAAAAAAAAUUAUAAAAUUAAAUAAACAUGCAUCUCAAAAAUACAUGAAUUCUAUAAAAAAAAAAAAAUAUCAUUGUACAAAGUUUUUUCUGAUUGCAUUAUAAUAUUCUAAAGCUGAACUAUUGUUAUCAACUCUAUCACGUAAUGUUAUUAUAUAACUACGUAUUUAAGACAAGUGCUAUUUUCUUUCGAUUUUUAUAAACAUAUAUACAUAUAUAUAUAUUUAUAUUGUAAACGUUAAACGUCUAUUAUUAAUAUUAUUAUUAUUAUAUAUAUAUAUAUAUACAUUUCUCUAUAUGUUUAAAAAACAAAAACAAUCCAAGCUUUAAAUUAUCAUUUUAUAUUUCUAUUUGAUUGUAUUUCGUCUAAGAAAAAAUGUCAGCACAGUUAAACUAAUGACACAAAAAUUAAUAUUGAUUAUUAUUAACAUUUAGGAUAUUAAAAAAAAAAAAUUAGUUACUUAUUCUUACUCGCUCUUAGCAAAAAAAAAAAAUAAAAUAAAAAAUUUCGAUAAUUUUUAUUAAAAAAAAAAAAAUAAAACAAAAUAAAAAAAA